AUGCCCUGCCAUUCAUCUUCCUCUACCCCCUCAAAUCCUUCUGACUCUGGUGCAUUCGCCUACCCUUCACAUAACCGGAAGCCAUCGCACGAUCUUGGUCGGAGGCAGAGCCGGACCUCGUCCAACCGUCACCAGAAUACGAUGCACAUGCCUGUCCCCCCCUCCCUUCUACAGUCACCUCUUCUCAAUUCACCCAAUAGCAUUUUCCAGAGAGUCAUUUCGCCCCAUACACCCACCGCCGAGGACGAGCAGUGGCUGCAGGACACCGUCCCAGCAACUCCCACCAUGGGAAGGAAGGCGAGCAUGGAUUCGACCACCUCGUCCUCGUGCUCUCUUUCGAGGGGGUCUUCAUUAUCAGAGCAACAAGCGCUCCGCCGCGCAGCAGAGUUGCGCACCACUUCCCCUCCGGCACUCCCUUCACCCCCACUCAUACACGUCCGUCGUCAUGAGGCGUAG